AUGUACGCGAUGAAAAAGGAGAAUAUAUUACGAACAAAAAUUCCAAAAGAAAUUGAAAUAUUGAAGAAUGCGACAGAGAAUAACUGCAAGCAAGUCUGCAAAUACGUUGAUGAUGGUCAACACGGGGAGUACCUAUUUGUUAUCAUGACACUGCUCGGUAAGGAUCUGUCGAGACUGCGACGAGAAAGAAAGAGCAAACAAUUUACUUUAAGUACGGCACUUCGCGUUGGACUUUUAACACUGUCAGCAAUAAAGGAACUCCAUCAAAUUUCGGUUGUUUCAAGGCUCGUGGAUAUCAAGCCAAGCAAUUUUGCACUGGGACGCGGUGAGAAUUCAAGAAACAUCUACAUCUUUGAUUUUGGACUUUCUCGGUUUUACAAGGAUAAGAGCGGUGUAAUGAUCCCGGCAAAAAACCAUGCAGGCUUUCGAGGAACCACACGCUACGCAUCUGUAAGAGCGCAUCAAAAACAGGAGCUCGGUUCGUGUUUCUUUUUUUCAAAGAAUUUCUUUCAAUUCUUGCGUCAAUAUUCGCUGUGA